CUGCUCGAGACCGGUCUCCAAGGCACGCUCACGCCGUUCCUCGCCAACAUCUCCACGCUCCAGGUCCUCGACCUCACCUCCAACGCCUUCGCCGGCCCCAUCCCGCCGCAGCUCGGCCGGCUCGGCGAGCUCGAGGGGCUCAUCCUCACCGUGAACGGCUUCACCGGCGGCAUCCCGCCGGAGCUCCGCGACCUGGGCAGCCUGCAGCUGCUGGACCUCUCCAACAACUCCCUCAGCGGCGAAAUCCCCAGCCGCCUCUGCAACUGCUCCGCGAUGUGGGCGCUCGGCCUCGAGUUCAACAACCUCACCGGCGAAAUCCCCUCCUGCAUCGGCGACCUCUCCAACCUCGAGAUAUUCCAGACGUACGUGAACAAUCUCCACGGCGAGCUGCCGCCGUCGUUCGCGAAGCUCACGAAACUCAAGACACUGGACCUCAGCGCCAAUAACUUGUCCGGCCCGCUUCCGCCGGAGAUUGGCGAAUUCUCGCACCUCUGGAUCGUCCAGCUGUUCCAGAACAGCUUCUCCGGCGAAAUACCGCCGGGGCUCGGCCGGUGCAAGAACCUGACGCUGCUCAACAUAUACAGCAACAGGUUCACCGGCGCGAUCCCUCGCGAGCUCGGCGAGCUGGAGAACCUGAAGGCGCUGCGUCUGUACGACAACGAGCUAUCAUCGGCGAUCCCGAGCUCACUCGGGCGGUGCAAGUCUCUGGUGACGCUCCAGCUCUCGCGAAACAAAUUGACCGGAUCGAUCCCGCCGGAGCUCGGUGAGCUCCGAUCGCUCCAGUCACUGUCGCUCCAUGCCAACCGGCUCACCGGAACGAUUCCAUAAGUCUCGUAUGUAUUGUGAUACAUGGAAUAGCAAGGCCCCAACAAGAUGCGAUGCGCCAAGCACGACA